GUACGAGCGGUGGCAGGCACCAGCCAAUACAUUACGCGCCAUCGACGGACGCAUUUCGUUUUGUGGACGGAUAUGUAGUGUGCGCGCACCAGUACUUAUAUGUCGAUGCUUCUCAUUACUCUUGUAUGACGGGAGGGGGAAAACUCUCGAGGAAACGGCAAAAAAACAUAGGCUGCAGUGCCACGACCAGAGAGUUUCUCGAUUAGUCUUUUUCGUUUAAAAGCGGUGCGUUCGUUCCGACCGUGAACGCGGUUAUAACAUCCUCCUGUUGUAAUUCACACCCCCACCGUUGCUUUCAUUUCAAUUUGGGAAAUCGCGCUUCGAUGGCAUCAACGAUAUAUAGUGUCCACGCUCAAAUGUAUACAUAAGUGGAACAUCUUUCUGCCUGUUGAUUACUAGUGGUAUUGUCUUCAGCAAACAACAGACUAUAUUUACAUGACUCCCUUAAGCAUAAUAAUAGCGGCAAUGCAUCGUUUUGUAUUUUAAGUGUGUGUACAAACAUAUAUGCAUAUAUAUAUACGCAAAUAUAUUUAUGUGCGCGCGUGCAUGUCGUAUUGUGUACCCAUGUUACUACAUGCAUUUAAAGAAUUUGUAGUAUUACGUCUAGUUACAUCAUUUUGUAAAUCAUUAGCGUAAAAAGGCCUCUGUAUUCUUUUUCUGCCUAAUUCCAUAACAAUUAUGUCCUGGACAAACGACAAGAUGAAUUAUUCUUCCACUUAUAAGUUGGUCGUUGUCGGCGGGGGAGGAGUCGGCAAGUCCGCUGUUACUAUACAAUUCAUUCAGAGUUAUUUCGUGACUGACUAUGAUCCAACGAUUGAAGAUUCUUAUACAAAACAAUGUGUCAUUGACGAUGUUCCUGCGAAACUGGACAUUCUUGAUACUGCCGGCCAGGAAGAAUUUAGUGCAAUGCGAGAACAAUACAUGAGAAGUGGAGAGGGAUUUUUACUUGUAUUUUCUGUAACAGAUCAUUCGUCUUUCGAUGAGAUCUUUAAAUUUCAUAGGCAAAUCCUUCGGGUGAAGGAUCGUGACGAGUUUCCAAUGUUAAUGGUUGGAAAUAAAGCAGAUCUCGAUCAUCAAAGAGCGGUUUCGGUGGAGGAAGCUCAGAAUCUUGCACGACAGUUGAAAAUUCCAUAUAUCGAAUGCAGUGCCAAAUUACGUAUGAACGUCGAUCAAUCAUUUCACGAGCUCGUUCGCAUUGUACGCAAAUUCCAGCUUUCUGAGAGACCACCGUUAAAACCCAAUUAUAAAAAGAAUAAGAAAAAGUGCUGUGUUUUAUAAACAGAUUUCGUCAAUUAUCGCCAUUAUUAGAAAUUGUCGAAGCUUUGAAUCGUUGUGAGAGGAAUAACGCAGCCUCUAAACGAAUUAAUUCACAAAUUCGUUAUUAUUACAAUGGAUUAAGGUUUCGUAAAAGAAAGACCAACAGUCAUUAUAAUUGAGUAUGAGUAUGUACAGAAUAGAUUAAUGUUUCGUAUAUGUAAACGAAGCUGAGCUUCCGACAUAAUUUAAAAAUUUGUAGCUCAGUUUUUGAGCAACACUGACAUUUAAAAUUUUAAUGAAAACUAAUGCGAAUGUUAUUACUAAUAUAUUUGUACAUUUUUAUGUGUAAUAAUUCGUAUUUUUAACAUAAAAUUGUCGAGGGGAAAUUAACUUUUGCUAUGACUUAAUGUUCCAAAGCACAUAUUAGUAGAUUAGUAGACGAUAAGGAUUUUUUAUAUCAUUUUACUGCGUUUUACUCGCAAUGUAUAACUUAAGAUUUUUUUUUUUUUUUUUUUUUUUUUUUUUAACACAAAUAAUACCGCUAAGGUUAUUCUAGGGAAUUUAUUUAACUGUAUUCUUCAAGAUCUGCCAAUGAUGCUGUCUUUAAUUAUCUAUUAUAAAAAUUUCGUAACAUUGAUUUUUUUACUCG